AUGUUUUCAUACGUCACCGCUCAUCUUCCUUCAUUGAUAGACUCGCAGGUGCUCGGUAUUAUUGAUCCGAUGCCGACUGACUCGCAGUAUGGCAAGCGUAAAUCAACCGUUCUGAAACGCACUACGGCUUUCGAUGAAGCACGGUUACACAUGCUACUUACAGGCAUAGAGCUUGAAAACCGCAGUCCGUUUCUACUCCUCCGGCACAUGCGUUCGCUUGUGGGUCCCUCGACCCUGGACGAUCCCAUACUCCUACAGAUCUGGACUAAUUGCUUUCCAUUAAACGCCGCGGCAGUUUUAGCAAUCCUAGCUGAUGAACUACCGUUGGACAAACUAUCCGAAGCGGCCGACAAAACCUAUGAACGGUUCUUUAAAUCUGCCGUAAAUAAUGUGACCGGACUGAUCACUAGUUUAUAUGGAAGUACCGCACUUGACGCUAGUGGUCAAUUUCUCUCUCAGUUAGAACUCGCUAUGUCUCACGUCGGUCGUGAACGACCUGCUAACUGUAGAUUCAACUCAAGGAGUAUGCGCCGUGAUGAAUUCCGAACCAGACGAUCACGAUCAUACUGCUACUUCCACCGCCGUUUCAGCAAUGCUGCUGGCAAUUGUCGUCCAGGUUGUAAAUACCGGAAGACGUUUUUGGUUUCUCGGCAGGAAACGAUAACGUCAGCCAGUGACGGCUACAGCAGCUGUUGA